CGUAAUUCUAUGCAUAUUAUGCUUUCACGGCUUUUAUUUUAAUCCCUCUACUACAUACAUAAUUUUUUUUCUUCCCUCCUCAGAAAUUUUUCCAAGAGAUUCCAGUCUAAAAGACAAGUUCAUAAAGCAUUUUACAGGGCCAGUCACGUUUUCAUCAGAGUGCAGCAAGCACUUUCACCGACUGUAUCACAACACAAGGGAUUGUUCAACACCAGCUUAUUAUAAAAGGUGUGCAAGAUUGCUAACAAGAUUAGCAAUGAGCCCUUUAUGUACACAGUCCUAGGAUGCUUGCUAUACUUUCUACAAAGGAGAGAAAUCUGAUUUGCCAAGAAAGUGCCUUGAAAUCUUCCAAGACAGAGAAGACAUCUUGUACCUUUUUGAUUUACAACAUUUUGUUACUAGAUGCAUUUUGUAUUCAUAUAUGUCGGACAUUCCAUAUUUGUGUGAAACAUUAUUUUAUUUUAAUUUGUAAAUUUGUUGCCUAUAGUUCAGACAAGCCCAUUAUUUAAAUAUAUUGUAUAUAAAGAAUACUAAUAAUAUACUAAUUAAAUGCUAUAAUCAUGUGCAGGGAGUUGGUAAAAUUUUGCUGUUUCUCUUGUUCCAUUGUAUUUACAUCAUUUUGCUCAGGCUCUUACUUUCAUUAUUUGCACUAACUUGAAAUGCAGAAGUCUAUGUAACUGAAACCUGAAUAAGCUGUAAGUGGGGAAGUUUUACUUGCCGUGGAAGAUAUUUUAUAUUAUGAAGGUUUGUUAAUAUAUACAUAUAUAUUAUUGCGCAUCAAAAAAAAAUGCUCAGAAAUGCACCUUGCUUUCAGGAACAUUUGUAUGACUAUUCUGGAUUAUCAUCAGUUACAUUUGUACUGGCACUUAUGGAAAGAGUUGCAAAUAAUGUAAAUAUAAAGACUGGAAAACUGCAAUGCAGUUUCGAUGGAAUAAAGAACAUAA